AGUGCCUUUACCUACCUUCGUUGCUGUAACUAAACUCCGACUUGACCAUCAACUCGCCUUUCUAUCCUCAUCCAUCUUCGCUGUUGUUGCACCACUUGACAACACACCGCAUCUUUCUACAUACCACCGAUAUCAAGAAAGAAACUCAACACACAUAACCGCCACAAUGUCCCUCCGCAUAGCCCCCCCGGCCGCCCACCCAACCCAAACCAGCAACACCACCACCCGCAUUCCCCAAACGAUCUCACUCCCGCAUCCCUCAAAAGGCGCCCCCUCAGCCCCCGGCCUCCCCGACACCCUUCGCAACAACAUCACGCUGCCGGCGGCUCGCGGCCCGCCGUCGUCGCAGACCGCUACCCCGAGCUCGGCCCACCCGCUCGAGGCCCGCCUGCUCGCGUGGCGGUCGACCCAGGAAGCCCUGAAGAUGGAGUCGCUGCGGCGUGCGUAUGGCAUUGCUGAGCCCAUCCGCCGCGGCAUGGAGCUGAAGAUCGUGCGGGAUGGGUCGUUCCGUCCGGCCGUCAUGGGCGGCACGCAGAACGUGCACGAGGAUAUCUUGGUGCUGGGUGGUCGGGAUACGGAGAUUGGGUGGGAGGAUGUGUUCAAGGGUGAUGAAUUCCGUGAACCUCCCGCUUUCCAUGAUGAGAUGGAGAAGAGAUUGCGCAUGGAUUAGAUGGUUGAUUUAAUCCGGAUUAGGGUUGGCUGGGGGUCCAUGCUACGGUAUCGUUAGGUUUAUGUUCGUACAGGUCUACUAAAUGGCAUUUUGUUUCGAUG